ACGACUGAUAAGCAUACGAAAGUCCAAGUCGAGCGUCACAGCUUAUAUAUAAGAAUAGUCUAACAACAAAAGCUCCCAUUAUAUCUGUAGCUCAUACACUUGAGUUUAUUUGUUGUCAGGGCCACUUCAUAGGUCUUCUAAAAAUGUCAGAGCGAUUCGUCUGCAGGAUCCUCCUGUUGUUUUCUCUUGCGGUUGCCGUCUACUCUCAGGGUGGUAUGGAGGGACCAACGUCUGGAGAUUCCGGAAAUGGUAAAACCAAUGUUGUGGCUAGUCCUAUAGCAGUACCCCCAGGAGUUAAGAACCCAAAGACAGUAGGAAUUAUAGGAGGAUUGUUGGAAGCAUUUGCUCCAAUUAGGCAAAUUUUUCUACAGCUUGUUGAAAGCUAUCUCAAAAAUAUGUAUGGAAAAUCACUGCCCUGCAGACUGGACUCUAUUACACCAUUGAAAGGCGAAUGUACGGACUUGAAAAACCCGUAAAAGAAAGUUAAGGAACAGAUCUGUCCUUUUGUAAUGUUUUAGAUUUUUCGAAAUUCGAAAAAAUUUUCCAGAUUGAGAAAUCUACAUUUUAUGUACAAGCUGAUUGUACAAGGACACUUUUGUUUUAAUUCCUUGAUUAAACACGUUAUGUAUCAUUUAAAUAGGAUUCUUGAUUGCCAAAUAUUACAUAAAUAAAGAUAUCGAAUUAAA